AAAAAAAAAAAAAAUCUCGAAAAGCGCCCAAUGCGGGCGCGUGUCAAUUCCCGGCCGGAACGCCAAUGGAGGCCCAAGCGCUGGAACAUGAGCGCCGUCUGGCGACAGCUCACGGCCAGGAGGCCCUGAAGCACGCCAUCGCCGCUGCCGAGCUGUAUAUGCAGGCCGCCGGCAAGGCCUCAUAUCCGGCCGACCGCAAGCGUUUCAGGAGGAAGUGCGCCGAGUUGAUUGCCCUCGGGGAGCGUCUGAAGGCGAACACUCAACAAGUCGCCGGUGACACCUCCAGAGCACCUGUCCCCGAGUCCACCCGACCGCUCACCACAGCGGAGAAGACGAUCCUUCUGAGAGCUUCGCGGCUGCAUGGGAAUGUGUUUCCGCCCUGGGAGAGUGCCCCUGGCCCCGAUGUCUUUUCGGAUCGCGACACUCCGGUUUUCACCGACCCCUCGCCCUUCACCCUCUCCGCCGAACAGCUGGCCAUCUUUGCCGGAUGGAGGCGCCCUGCUGAACUGAUGGAGUCCCAGGAUGGUGGAGGUGUUGAUGCAGACCUGGAGCAGCUCAUGUCCGCCAAGGCAGAAACGGACCUGGCCCAGGACCUGGCCACCGACUGCUCCGUUGUGGCCGGUCUGUGUGCCGCUGCUCGCCAUCUCGGGCCCACCAAAGACUCGCUGCUAGGCUCGCUCAUGUAUCCCUUCGAUCACGACAAACUACGGCCCGCUCUAUCCAAGAACGGAAAGUAUGUAUUCCGCAUGUACUUCAACGGCACUUGGCGCCACGUCGUCAUCGACGACCGUCUGCCCGCCUCCAAAACCAACCGCACUCUGUAUGUCGUCGACCGGCGAAACCCCAGGUUGAUAUGGCCGGCUCUGGUUGAGAAAGCAUACCUGAAGAUACGGGGCGGCUAUGACUUCCCUGGCAGUAACUCCGCCACCGACCUACACGCUCUGACGGGGUGGGUUCCCGAACAGAUCUUUCUCCAGAGUGAUGAGAUCGAGCUCGACGAGAUUUGGAACAGGAUCGAGAGGGCCUACGAUGAGGGCAACGCUAUUCUCACCCUAGGGACGGGCAACAUGCUGCCGGAAGAGGAACAGGCGCUGGGCCUGGUUAGGGAACAUGAUUAUGCAGUCAUGGACCUGAAGAAGGAGGGAAACUCCCGCCUGCUGCUCAUCAAGAACCCCUGGGUUGACAGCCUAGUCUGGACAGGCGUCGGGUCUUCAGCAACGCUCAAGACGCACACCGUCGGGUCGACUACCGGCGAUGCGUCCAAUCAGUUCUGGAUGGCCUUUGAGGACGUGCUGCAGCACUUCGACUCGCUCUACGUAAAUUGGAACCCCGCCAUGUUUGCACACCGUCAGGACCACCACUUCAAGUGGGACAUGUGCGACAAAACAGAGGAGCUCGUCUUCACCCACAACCCGCAAUUCAGCGUCCUCUCUCCCUCUGGCAGUCCCGUCUGGGUCUUGCUCAGCCGCCACUGGCAGGACGGCGAGCUCGAGAUCUUGCGCCAACGCAAGGCAGAAAGGGACCGUGGCGACGACUCACUAGCGACCGUCUCCAAGCAGCUCGGCUUCAUGGCCCUCGCACUCUACGCGACUUCACCUCCAGGCACCCGCGUCCCCCUGCCCGACCCCAGCCGCCGCCUCCACCAGACCCCCUACGUCGACAGCCCCAACACCCUUCUCCGCUACAACCCGACCCCGGGCACCCCCCAGACCCUGGUCAUCACCCAGACCGAGCUCCCCCUCCCGUCCUACUCCUUCACCGUCUCCUUCUUCUCCGCCGACCCUUUGAGCAUCGCUCCCGCGUCCCAUCCUCUCCCCUAUAACACCUCUCUCACCGGCGCCUGGACGCGCCGCAGCGCCGGCGGCAGCGCCUCCCACCCGACCUACUUCACCAACCCGCAGUACUCCCUCACCCUUCCCACCCCGUCCGCCUUGACCCUCGUGCUCAGCACCUCCGCCCGCGACCUGCCCGUCCACAUCGCCGUCCUCUACACCUCCCCGUCCACGACGGCCACCCCGGUACCCCAGCGGAUCACGACCCUUUCGGGCCGCGACAUCCAGGCUGCCAGCGCCGAGUACCAACUCGGUCACGCGUGCGCCUCGCACCAGCGCCUCGACGCCGGCACCUACACCGUCGUGCUGAGCACCUACGAACCGGGCCAACUGGCUCCCUACACGCUGCGCAUCUCCACCUCCAUCCCCCUCAACGAGGCCCGAGCCGGGGCCGGGGCCGGGGCCGGGGCCAAGGCAGGCAGCAUCAUCCCGGUCCCCGCGGCCGCCGUCGCCGGCCGCUUGCGCACCCCGCUCCCGCCUGUCGUGCCCGCGCCGCGCCGGGGCCGGGCGUCGUCCCGUCUCCGCGCGCCGGUGGAGGUGACGCGGCUGACGCGGCUGAGCGCCGUCGCGACUUCCACCCCGACCCCGACUCCGACUCCGGCCCCUACCUCGUACUCGUCCUCGUCCUCCUCGACCCCAUCUUCGAGAUCGACCUCGUCCGGGCCCGUCCGGGGCGGCGGCGCAGUGCGCGUGUCGUUGGAGGUGGGCCGCGCCGGGCCGCGCCGGAGCGUGCUGGCCGUCUCGAGGGAGGGGGAGUUCGCCGAUGCCGGGAUGGGGUUGCGGACGGGGGAGGUGGAUGUGGAUGCGGAAGCGGUCCGGGCCGGCGGGGGCCUGUGGGUGGUGCUGGAGCAGAUUGGGGGCGACGCGGGCGGCGGAGUCGAGGUGGAGGUGUUCAGCGACGCGGCGGUUCGGGUCGGUGGGUGGGAGGUCGCGGACGAGGAUUGUUGAUGAUCGACUGGGCUUUGGGCGAACUGUGUGAGGUGGUCGGGCAUCGGAAAAGGGUGAGAUGAGAAAGUUGUCGUUUUGGCCCUGAUGGCUCGUCCUGGCACGCUACCUUUCGUGGGUGGGAUAGUCUCGGCUGGGGAUGUUGAGGGGUUGCGGUUUUCUAGCGACGUUCCGUUGAGUACCUGCAUCA